AUGCCUGCGCUGCGCAAGAAGAGCACCGUCGAGCGGCUGGACAAGGCGAGCUCGUAUGCGUCGUCCAAGAACAGGCGGCGCAACCAGAACCGCCGCGACGGCCAGCGCGAGCGCGAGCCCACGCCCGAGGACGACAAGCUCAAGGACGCGACCACCCUCUACGUCGGCAACCUGUCCUUCUACACCACCGAGGAGCAGAUCCACGAGCUGUUCUCCAAGUGCGGCGAGAUCAAGCGCCUCGUCAUGGGCCUCGACCGCUUCCAGAAGACGCCCUGCGGCUUCUGCUUCGUCGAGUACUACACCCACCAGGACGCCCUCGACUGCAUGAAGUACAUCGGAGGCACCAAGCUGGACGAGCGCAUCAUCCGCACCGAUCUGGACGAGGGCUUUGCCGAGGGCAGGCAGUACGGACGCGGAAAGUCGGGCGGCCAGGUGCGCGACGAGUACCGCGACGAAUACGACCCGGGCCGUGGCGGAUACGGCAGGGCGAUACAAGAGGAGGAGUCGUACGCAAAAGAAUACGAGUAG